UUCGUCAUAUAUCCUUAAUAAAAGAUAUACAAAAUGAAUAUAAAUCGAAGGGACACAAUUAUAACCUAAUCAUCAUCGAGAUAUUUAAUCGUUAUUACGAGAUAAAUCCAUUUAAUCGACAAGUAUUAAAAACUCAUUUAGAUGUACGAUUAGUAAGCACAAGAGAUGAAUCAACCGAUAAUUCUAAGAAUAAACAUUUGAAGUAGAGAAUACGUAAGAUCGUCGUCGUCGUCGUCGUCGUCGUCGUCGUCGUCGUCGUUGUCAUCAUCGUGAAAUAUUUUCUUUAUUUAUUUUCUUCUUCUUUCGUAAAAAUUAUGAAAUCGAAUCCAACCGGUUUCGGUUGAAUGCAAUAUGAACAUGAUUUUGUCGCGCGCACGUGCGUUAUAUCCUAUACGUAUACUUGUCAUUUAAGGUUUGUGAGAACGUAACCUUGAAACGGCCACCCUCGAAGCGCAAGUUCAGUCGCCGCGGGUGAAACUGAGUUUUUUUUUUGCUUUGCGUUCGCGUGUGCCUGAAAGAGAAGUCAAGCGAGGAGAAUUUUUACGUUGGAUUAUACGAAAAAAGGUGUAAAUUAUUUAUUCAAAGAUAAAAAAAAAUGUUGUGUUAAGAUAUCACGUACUAUUAUUAUAUACUUAGAAUUAAUUCAAAAAGAAGGAGUAUUAUUAUAAACGGAUUGAUAAGUCUUGACUGAGUCUAAAGACAUUUUAUAGGUUAUGAGUCUUAGGAGGAUGAAUAAUAAGUAUAUUAACAAAAUGUCAAUCGAAAGAAUUUAAACGGCGAAAGAUUCGUCUUUAGAUCCACGAUAAAUUUCUAUUAGCAAAGAUGGUGCAACGUGUGGUGACACCGAAACGUAGCGUUAGAAUUUUGUUAAUUGGUGAACGCGGCGUUGGUAAAACAUCAUUGAUAUUAUCCCUUGUGAGCGAAGAAUAUGCUGAGGAUGUACCUAGCAAAGCCGAGGAGAUCACUAUACCUGCCGAUGUAACUCCUGAACAAGUACCGACUCACAUCGUCGAUUAUUCUGCUGCCGAACAAACGGAUGAUCAAUUGGCAGAGGAAAUACAAAAAGCUCAUGUAAUAUGUGUAGUUUAUUCCGUUGAGGAUGAAGAUACUCUUGAUAAAGCAGCUACGUAUUGGUUACCUCUUAUCAGACGAUGUUCCACCAGUACCAGAUGUCCAGUUGUCCUUGUUGGAAACAAAAUUGAUUUGGUUGAUUAUUCUACUAUUGAGGCCGUUUAUCCUAUAAUGAAAGAAUUUUCAGAAAUUGAAAGUUGUAUAGAGUGUUCAGCUAAAACAUUACAAAAUGUAUCCGAGACAUUUUAUUAUGCACAAAAGGCUGUCCUGCAUCCAACUACUCCUCUUUAUAAUUAUGAUAUCCAAGAGCUUACGGAAGAAUGUAAAACCGCUCUUCAAAGAAUUUUUAAGAUAUGUGAUUUAGACAAUGAUGGCCUGUUAAAUGAUAUAGAGUUAAAUGCAUUUCAACAGUGGUGUUUUAAUACACCGUUACAGCCACAAGUACUUGAAGAUGUAAAAGCUGUAUUGUCAAAAAAUAUUCACGAUGGAAUUUGUAAUGGUUGUGUAACUAUGAAAGGUUUCAUGUAUCUCCAAUGCUUAUUUAUUCAACGUGGAAGAAAUGAAACAACAUGGGCUGUAUUACGAAAAUUUGGCUACGAUAAUGAAUUACAAAUGUCUAAGGAUUAUGUACAUCCACCAUUGAAAGUUCCUUCUGGGUGUACAACUGAAUUAUCGCACAAGGGACAAGAAUUUUUAACAUUAUUAUUUAUGCAACAUGAUCGUGAUCGUGAUGGGGCUUUAUCUCCACCAGAAGUAGAUUCAUUAUUUUCACGCUGUUUGAAUCCACCAUGGGGAGAUGAAUAUAAGCACACAGUGCCAACUAAUGAAAAAGGCUGGAUUACAUUUCAAGGCUACAUGUGUCAAUGGGCAUUAUUGACAAUUACAAAUGUUAAAAAAACAUUAGAAUAUAUGGCAUACCUUGGAUAUAAUAUGUAUAAUAACGAAUGUCAAACAAGCGCUGUUUUAGUUACUCGUGAGAAAAAAUUAGAUUUAGCAAAGAAACAGUCCAGUCGAAAUGUUUACACGUGUCAUGUAAUUGGUCAAAAAAAUAGUGGUAAAACGACUCUUUGCAGAAGUUUUGUGGAUCCUAAAUUGGAGAAAUUAACAGAUGCAAUAAUACCUUUAACUGCUCAUGUUACUGUCAACACGGUUCAUGUAUAUGGUCAAGAAAAGACAAUAAUAUUAAAGGAUAUAAAUAUAUUAAAUGUCCAGGAUGCUUUAACACCUACACAAAUACAAUGUGAUGCUGCAGCUCUUGUUUACGAUACAGCCAAUCCUAAAUCAUUUGAAUAUAUUGCACGAAUUUAUAUUAAAUACUUCGCAGAUAGUAAAAUACCAGUUUUAAUAAUAGCUAACAAAAGUGAUCUUGCUGAAGUAAAGCAAGAAUAUUUACUUCAACCAACAAGUUUUUGCAGUAAGUACAAGUUGAUGCCACCACAACCUUAUAGUGUGUCUAGGGCUGUGCGACGUGAAAUAUUUGUCAAAUUAGCAACAAUGGCAGCAUUUCCCCGCUUUCAACCAGCGUGGGUAUUAUUUUAUAGACACAGCCCUUUGAGGCGUAUGGUCCACAUGUUGUUUGUCAAACCCUCACCCACUCAAUGGUGGAGUUCUUUUACAAGACAUUUAAAUCAAUUUGGCCUGAUACAACAGGAUUCUGUAGUUUGGUGGAAAGCCGGUUUGGGAAUCGCAGCAGCCACAGUUGCUGGCUUCAUGGUGAUGCGUGUCCUAAAUACAGAAAAAAGAUAGUCUACCAUAUGUUUUUUUUCGCACAUUUAACUGCCCCCUUUGUUCAAAAGAAAACCCAUCUCAAGAAGCGCAUUAAGUUAAUAAAAUAUGUUCAUAAAUCAUUAUUAUUGGUAUAAUUAAGAAAGCUAUUAUUGCUGCAACACACAUUAUUACUUAUAUACAAUAACUUUAUUUACUCGUACCGAAAAAAAAAAAAAAAAAAAAAACAAAAAAAAAACAAAAAAAAACAAAAAAAAAACAAAAAAAAUUGUAAUCUAUUUAUUCAUUACAUAACAAUUAUUCAUUACCUUCAAAUGGCAGAUCCUAAAUUAUUAUCAAUUUUUCUUGGUAUAUCAUUGUAACAUCUUUUGAAAUAUUUUAAUGUUAAGCUUGCGAACGAUCUUGACUGUAUCUUUUUUGACACUCGAACCAAGUGUUGUGAAAGCUUUUACAAUUAUUAAGGUCUUCGUUCUUUGAAGCACACUCAAAAAAUUGUCGAAUUUCUGGUGAGCAUAUCUCUUCGAUUACAUUUGCAUAAUCGGAAGACGAUUCUGCGUUCACAGAAUUUCCAUGUCUUAUACCAGUAGAUAAUGCAUUUCCAAUAACAUGACCCUGUCAUUGAUAAAAAUUUUAAUCAAUGAUAUUGUAGAAUAUAAUUUUUGUGAAAUAAAUUUACUUACUAUUACAGAACCAGCGGCUACUCCUGCAGCAGUACUAGCUAUACUUUGAAAAUUAUCAGUCGAACUUUUAGGAUUUAUAGGAUUUGUUUUACGAUCUUGUGUAGUUGUAGUAUACCUACAAACAAUAUAAACUGCCUUCAAUCAAUUAUCAAAUAAGGUAAUUUUAUGAAAAAUAUUUAAUUUUUUAAAUGGACAUUAUAUAAAGGAAAUAGAAUUAGUCUUUAAAAAUAGAAUAAAACGAAUUCUUUGCUUGGCUUUAUUUAUACAGAAUACAAUUUUAGAAUUAAUUUUCUCUUGUCUUCAUACAUAUGAGAUAUACAUAUAUAUAAUUUGGUCUUCAUCUAAUAUCUGUAAAGAGAUGGUUUAUGUUACGAAGAGGCAUUUGUUAUAAUAAUAAUAAUAAUAAUAAUAAUAAUAAUAAUAAUGAUAAUAAUAAUAAUAAUAAUAA